AUGGGAUCAAUCGAGAAAUCACAGACGCCGUCCCUGCGCGAGGAUGAACCGGACACAGUCCCCCAGCAGCCCGUCCAGGCAGCGGAACCCGUGAAGCCCAUUCCGAAUGGCGGGUUGCAGGCGUGGCUCACGGUGGUUGCUGGGUUCUGUGUGUUUGUAAACUCAUGGGGUUUGCUGGCGACUUAUGGCGCAUUUCAGGAAUACUACCAGACUGUGCUCCUCACCGAACAAUCACCAUCGGCUAUCUCGUGGGUCGGAAGUGUGCAAGCGACUCUGAUUGUCAUGGUGGGUGUCGUGACAGGUCCUCUGGUUGAUUCGGGAUACUUGCGCCCAUUGAUUACAGUUGGGAUGAGCCUGGUGAUAUUCGGCAUCAUGAUGACUAGCCUGGCGACAAAGUACUACCAGAUCCUCCUGGCGCAAGGCUUCUGCGUCGGCAUUGGCGGCGGCAUCGCCUAUAUUCCGGCAAUGGUGGUCAUUUCCUCCAACUUCACCACGAAGCGGCCCAUCGCCAUCGGCUGCGCGGCCAUCGGCUCGAGUGUCGGCAGCGUCGUAUUCCCCAUCAUGUUCCGCCAGCUGCAGCCGCGCAUCGGCUUUCCCUGGACUGUGCGCAGCAUCGGUUUUAUCAACGUCUUCCUCGCACUCAUCAUCGGACUGAUCCUGUGCCGUAAACCGGGCAAGCGCACACGCGCGCGCAGCAUGAUCGAGUUCAAGGCUUUGACUGACCUCCCCUUCAUGCUAUUCUCCGUCUCCCUGACCUGCGUCAUGAUCGCCUACUACAUCCCGCUAUUCUACGUGCCGUCAUAUGCGCGCACGCAGCUGCACACCACGCGCAGCCUGUCCUUCUACAUGGUCGCCAUCAUCAACGGGGCGUCGGCCUUUGGUCGCGUCGUGCCCUACCUGCUCGGCCGGCGCGUCAAGCCCAUCUACGUGUUGUUCAGCGGCGUUGCGGGCUCCGCGCUGGCCAUGUUCACCUGGAUCGCAGCGACCUCGACGCCGGGAUUCAUCGUAUGGGCGUGCUACUGGGGAUUCCUCAGCGGUGUGCUUGUCACCGCGCCGACGGCAAUCAUCGGGCAUCCGGCGCUGUGUCCCGACCCCAAUUACCUAGGGACGCGCAUGGGGAUGAUGUGGGGAAUCAGUUCGUUCGGGGCGCUGGUCGGCACACCUAUUGCUGGAGCGCUGGUGGAUUUGGACCAGGCAUACUUCCUCCGAGCACAGGUGUUUGCGGGCUGUCUGAUGCUUGGGGCAGUGAUGUUGCAGUUGUGGCCGACGAUGGUGGUGCUGCGGUAUGAUCGCCAUAACAAACCAACCAACCGAAACAUCAUGUAG